CUUUUGUAAAGCAUUUUUAAUAAAAGAGAAAAUUCUCAAAACUACAUGGAUACAAAUAUAUAAAAAUCCCAGUCAGUUAUUAGGUGAUUGUUAUUUGAAAAAAACCAAACAAAAGCGCCGAAGUGAGCGGAAGAAGCUCUAACUUAAAAUUCCGAUGGAAGUGACCUUCAAAAAGGCCCGACUUAUAGGGGAUGGCAAUGCAUCGCCAGCACAGGACGAGGAGAGCGACGAGGGCUCUUCCGGCACAGAUCCGUUCGGCUGGUGGGCCCUGCCAGAGCCGGCUCUUCUUAUGAUCUUCGAGCGGCUAAGCGUAGUCGAUCUGCUCAGUGCAAGCCGCUGCUGUCGCAGGUGGCACUGUGUUGCCAAGGACGACCUGCUGUGGCGCCACAAGUUCCAGGAGCACUUCAGGGCAUCCCCGAGCAUUCCGCUGAAGCCGGGAGCCGAGAGCUGGAGGUCAGAGUACCAGCGCCUGUCCAUGCACAUACCCUUCGUCCAGGCGCAGCGCCUGGAGCCUACUGCGGAAAACAACCACGGUCACACGCACCAAGUGCUGCAUGUAAGCUUCGCUCACAACGGCGAAAUGUUUGCCACAUGCUCGAAGGACGGCUAUGUCAUAAUCUGGAACUCACAGCAUCCAUGUACGGAGAAGUAUGCGCACAACAUGAAGCAGUUUAGCUGGAAAUACUCCCAAUACUCGCAGUUCAAUCAGAGCGAUACCUUGCUACUGGUCUCCGGUGUCCACUUUGGCUCGCCGCAGUCCACUUCCGGGGAGAUUGCGGUAUUCUAUCUCGGCGCAAAUGAGUCUCACCUACGCUGCCGGGUGGUCAACCGUCCGUAUGACAUUUUUGGCACCUGGUUUAGCGAUCAAUAUUUGAUCUCGGGCGACCUGCACUGGCUGGCGCACCUAGUGAGCACAUCGGUUCUGUGGCUUAACAAGGCCAAUCAGGAGAUCGACUCCGAGCAUGUGCCAAUUAUGAGCCAGCUCUAUAAGUUCUACAAUCGUAAUGCCAGUUCGGUACGAGCCAUUAUGGUAGCCAGAUGUCCUUGGCUGGACGAGAGUAACGAUCCACUAGGAGGGUUUGAUGAGGGAGAGGGCCUCAGUGCGCCUCUCUUCCCACAGGAUAGCGAUCAGGGAUCUAGCUCCCAGGCUAGCGGGAAUCCCGUAUCUCAUGCGGCAAGUCUUCGACGCACAAGGAGUGCCACCCCCGAGGAGAACUACUUGCCGGACAUCAGCGAGCGCCGUUCCAGGACGCGGCCUGGGGACGCCACUAUUCACUACUUGGAGGAAUACAGAAAAGCAGUGGCCUCCGCUAACGAGCCUAACGAAGACGAAGAAGACGAGUACGAAUCAAUGGACAUACAUGAGGAACUCGACGAAAUGGAGAACAGCAUGCCGAAAUAUCUCAUUUUUUCCACGGGCUCCAAAACAUUUACGCCCCACCAAAUCGGAUUUAAGCGCAUACGUAACGUAUUCUUUCCCAAGAAGCUGGACCCAGGCCCGUCCUUGAAGGAAAGAAUUGCUGCAAAGCGCGCCGCAGAGCAGAAACAGCAGCAGACGCCGCGCACCGAUCCGGAUUGGUGGGACUAUGAGUCAGUAAAAGACAGAUUCGAUAAGGUGGACAAGGUGAUAGAUCUGCAUGGACACAUCAUCGGCAUGGCUCUAAGCCCGGAUCACCGAUACUUGUACGUCAAUACGCGUCCAUGGCCUAAGAACUACGUGAUCACUAACCCUCUAGAGCCGCCACCGAUCGCUCAAGAGAUCGACAUACAUGUGAUUGACCUGAUGACCCUGAAGCGGGUGGGCAAUAUGCUGCGCGCCCACAAGGCCUAUACGCCCAGCACCGAAUGUUUUUUUAUUUUCCUGGACGUUUGCGAAGAGUAUGUGGCUAGUGGUGCGGAAGACCAACACGCUUACCUCUGGGACCGAUACUAUGGCAUAAGCCUGGCCAAAUUUCGGCAUUCGGACGUGGUUAACAGUGUGGCCUUUAAUCCGCGCGACUCGGAAAUGCUGGUAACCACUAGUGAUGAUUACACGAUCAAGGUCUGGCGCUCCAGGGCAAAGGCAAAGGAAUUCAACAUACCCAACAACGUGAGCGAAUCAUUUGAGCUCAAGCCUAAGGUCUAAGUAUCCAACGCUUUCGAGUCCCUUAGAUGUUCUUACUGCCCGAAUUGUCAUUGUGCGUAAAUUUAAGUGCUGUCUAGUUGGUUCCGUAUUGUUAACGUUUAUAAUUAUGCGUAUUUAAAUUGGAGUGCGCGUUAUGUCCACAUCUUGA